AUGAAUGCAUUAACAUUCAAAUAUCAAACAGAAAAAUACAACAUGACAAAUCCACCAAGCGACGAUACAAAUCUCAGUUUACGAAUGGUAUUACACGUUCUACUGAUGAGCUCGGAUAUAUUCUUACGUCGUAUCAUCAUGUCAUUGGCAAGUAAGAGAAAUCCGGUGCCAUUUGUUUCGCCUGCUAUUCUAAACCGCGAUGCGAACCAGCAACAUGAAUUUAUACCGGCAAUUAUCCAUGUUUGGGACCACACAAGACCAACAAUUUUGUCUUUUGGUGUCGGCUCUUGUCAGGGCAAAUCCUCUUUACUGAAUCAACUAUUUAAAUCGACAUUCGAACAACGAAUCGAUAGUGUUUACUUCCAAGGAACAAUCGACCUUGAUUUCGGCUACUGUUUCGUUCCCGAACGUCUACUAAACAUUGCUGAUGCACAUGGGACACUUGACAAACAGCUUUUGCAGAAAAUUCAAUCGUUAUUUGAUGGAUUUCUAAUCCAUAUCGACAAAACUUCUUUCGAUAAGAAUGCGUCUGCCGUACUUGAAUAUCUCGAGAUCCUAUCGCGUGAUAAGUUUCAACUCAUGAUCAUCCGCGAUGUACCCAUCAAUAAUCGACAAGAUUAUUUCUCAAAGGCUCAAGCAUUGUUGAAGCAAUCAGAUUCACGAUUGUCAAAAAAUGUGUAUGUGUAUCCAUUAAUAAAUGCUUCAAAUGCAAAUGAUCGAGAUACGGGUUUCGCUAUUCAGUCUUUACGAGAAGAUAUUCAGAAAAAAGUCACAAAAGACAUCAACACAAUCAAUAGCAGAGCUGAAAUUUUGUCGAAUUUACACAAACUAAUGCAGCCAGAUUACGUUCAAUACUUGAAAGAGAUGGAUGGUAUUAUUCAACCAUUGACAAGACGACUAUUAGACAAAAAUCAACGCCGAAAUGAUCAGAAUUUUCCAUUGUACUUGAAAUUUCAAGAAUUGUGCAAAUUACGACAAAAACUCAAACGACUUGAUUUCUACGGUUCCGAAAGUGAAAAUAUGUUUGAAAUCAAUGAAAAGUUGUUCAAAUUGGAAAACGAAUUAGACCCACGCAGCAAACACUCCUCACCAAUUUCAUCCGGGGAUAUUUUUCAAUCAUACGUCGAUAUCUUAAAGUCAGACAACAUGUUAAUGAGUUUAGAUUUGUUAGCAACUGAAUUAAAAUCUGCAUUGCGAGGUUUAGGUGCGGAUAAAAUAGCUGGAAAUCUCAACACUGAACAUGCAUUUUUAUCAUUGGAAGUUCUUUGGCGAAAUUCAAUUAUUUGUCAUGAUUAUGCAUCAGUGGCGACGCAAAAGUUAAUACAAGAUUGUUAUUACGAAUUCAUUGCAGCUGGCUUUCCGUUUGAAAUUAUCGAUGGAGAUAAUUUCUAUUUUCAACAUCAGUUUUUAUCGAAAAUUCUACACCGGUUUGCUUCGAAACGGAUAUUAGUGAUAAGUAUUAUAGGUCCACAAAAUAGUGGUAAAAGUACACUUUUAAACUAUAUGUUCGGUACAUUAUUUGAUGUGAGAGACGGACGAUGUACGCGAGGUAUAUAUGGUUCAUUGGUUAAACUACCUAAACUAGAUCGAGCACGUCGGGGACAGUUGGAAAACGUCCUCAAUAUCAACAUACAAAACAUUGAUUAUAUGAUGUUAAUCGACACAGAAGGUCUUCUAUCGAUCGAGAAAGGAGAUAAAGAAUACGACAGACGUUUAGUUUUAUUCUGCUUGGCUGUAUCACAUUUGGUCAUUGUCAAUAUGUUGGGAGAUGUCAAUGAAACGUUAAAAGAUAUGUUAACAUUGUGCGCUGAUUCGUUGAAACAAAUUGGUGUCAACACGGUCAAUCAACCAAUUGUGCAUUUCGUUUUAAAUCAAAAAGCUGAUCCAAAUUUGAAAAAUCAUAACGACGCAAUUUACAAAAUUAUUGACGAUCUCAAAGAAAAAGAAUUAGCAGAGACUAUUGACAUUAAUUUCAAAACAUUUCAUUCAUUGCCAUCGGCUUUUAAGAAAGAACGCGUAUCGAAUGACACUUCAAGUGCAUGUUUUCUUCGAACAGAGCCUGAUUUUAUUGAACGCACACAAGAAUUAUGCCAGAAAGUCAUCGAAUCCGCUAAGUCAGCUUAUGAACGAUGCAGUGAGAUGUUUUCCGAUCCCGAGCAAUGGCUAAAAACAGCUGUGAACAUAUUUGAUACAUUGCAGAAAUUUCCAGAUUUAACUUAUUUCAAGGAUAUCAACGAGCGCCGACAAGAUGAUCAAAUACGCAAGGAAAUCAGUGAUCUCAUAUCCGCAACAUUAUCGGCAACAUAUCGAGAAAAAAUGAUCCAGGAUACAUGUGAAUUCAUGGAGUAUGACAUUCGCAAUCAUUUCCAGAAAGAGUUUCAAGUGCAUCAAGAGAAUUUUGAUAUACAAUUAGAGAAUAUUUUCAAAAUUACUAACGCCUCCGAUCGUAUUCGAGAUCGAUCGCGACAAUUUCUCAAACGGCAAGUGACGGAGAUAAGUAAUGCGUGGUGUACAGCAGCUAUUCAGGCACAUGAUCAGAAACAAAUGGAAAGACUCGUUAAAGAUGGUUCUGCUGAUUUGCGCAAGUUCAUUGAUGAUAUCAUAAAACGUGGAGACACAAUGGACAAAGAAGAAGCAACAAAAGAGUUCGAACUCAUGUGGCUGAAGAAGAUCGAGUCGAUCAAACAGAAUUUCAAUCCAGAGGAACGAUUAAAACAAGCCAUCAAAUUUGUAUAUGCAAAUUAUAAUAUUUUCGAAAAACAAUCUUUACCGACGCAUGAUUUGGUCCUCCAGCACCUCCAAUUAAUUCAAAAACUCAUUGAAAUCAAUGAUAUGAGAAACGUCGUAAAUAUAUUGAAGAAAAAUUUCAAUAAAUUAACUACUGACCUUCAAAGUCAUGCGCUGGAAGUUUGUCAUAAACAAUCAGACGCUAGUGUUGGAUAUACCUUAGCUACUCUGCACAAUUUUAAACAUUUGAACAAGGAUAUACUGACAGAUUUCAAUAAGGCGGGUUCUGUGCAAGCAAACACUUUUGAAGCCUUCAACGUCUCACCAGAGGAGAACGUGGAACAUGUAGAACGGAAAAAAGAAAAAAGAACGUUGUUGCAAAGAGGUAUGAAAUUCGCUGGAAAUGUUAUGGGUUUUGGAUCACCGCAAGCAGCGUCGAAUAUACCUUCUGCACCCGCCAUUCCAACGCCAUUACCUUUUGAUUUCAUGAAAGCAACGCAUGAAAUGAUUCUAAAUGAAUUCGAUGAGAAAUCAAACGCAAACUCAAACAUAUGCAACAUUCCAAAGUUUUUCGACAGAAUCCUACACGAUGUCAUGAUUAUCGUUAAUGGAAAUGAUGCCGUUCCUCGACCUAUCGAAAUCGAUAUUGUGCAGAAGAUCGUCGGCUUGAUCAAUACGUACUUCAAUGAAAUGGAUCUGGAAUUGCUUGUGUUUCGUUUGUUAUUGUCAAAACAAACGAAAUCGAAUAUUCAUCUAUGCGUCCUAAUUGUAUUAACAAUUUUUUAUUACAAUGAACAGAAGAAACAUUUCACUCAACAACUUGAAACAUUAGAGGCUCAGAAAUCGUCACUGUUAAACUAUUUCAUCAGUAUGGUUGUACCUGAUGCGCAGUGUGACCAGGAAGGUGCGAAACUAUUCGCUACUCAAGUGAAAAACACCAUUCAAACUAUUUUAAUGCGCAAUGGACAAAAAAUCAUCGCCACCGAAGUCCAAAAUAAUCAAAGCGAUCUCAGUCGAAAACGGAUUCAAACAAUUUGUGAUGGCAAACUUCUAAUGCCUUCGAUUACGAACGAUUGGUUACUCCAGUAUAUCCAAGCACCUACAGAUAUAAUCGUUGAAGAAUUUCAAAAUUUAUGGAAUGGAAUCCAACAGGGAAUUGAUCAACAAUUAGAAAAAGAAAAGAAACAAUGGCGACAGACUUUAGUUGAAUUUUUCAAUCGAAUCGAGUUUCUACUUUCUUCGUUGGCCAAUGAAGGUUCAUCCGUACAAUAUAUUGACGAUAUAUUCGAAGCAUCUGGUGGAACGGCUUCUGAUAAUUUGAUCAACAAAGGUCAGUGCAUGGGUUUAUUAUUAUACACGUAUCUUUCAGGCGGAACAGUUCAAGCCGAUAUGGCUUAUAUAGUUCGUCGAAAUAAGUAUACUUUGAAAACAAAAGGAUCGAAGUUAUUUGAGAAACUGCCAUCGCCAAGUCCAAAAUUGGCCGAUGUUAUCAAAUCAAUGAAAGGUGAAGAUGGUUCAACUAUGAUCAUUGCUUCCAUAAAAAAUCUACACAAGUUUCUCGAAACUAUAGUUGGCGCGCGAAAAACACUCGAAGAUGAUUAUGACGGAAUUUUCGCCACGUUCGCUGUAUUCGAUAAAGAUCAAAUAUAUAACAAAUUGUUAGACAAAGCACGUGGCUGUACCUCAAAAUGCCCAUGCUGUGAUCGACCAUGUGACGUUGAUCAUAGCUUAAUCAAGUCUAAUCCAGGCGAUGAAGAUAAUCGGCAUGCUUGUCAAACUGGCCAUCAAUUACGAGCAAUGGCAGGUACAAAAUUUGAAGUGUCAAACGAAGCGUCAUUAUCUCAAUGUGAACAAAUGGAAGAUGGCAAACCCAUUAUUGUGAGAGGUACGAAGAAAACCUGGUUAGAAUUUAAAAAAGAUCAUCCUCAGUGGGAUUUCGGCAAUGCGAUUAACCCCGACGAUUUGAACAAAUUACGAAGUAAGUUUCUUCAUGUUUGGGGUAAAAUUGGUAAAUGUUUAUGUCAACAAUAUGGUAUGAAAUUUGUCACAAAUAACACACCUCAAGCCGCUCCAGCUGCUUUUCAUUAUAUAUUAUUACUUGAUGCAUCAGGAUCAAUGGCUGGAGAUCCUUGGAAUGCUUUGAUGCAAGCUGUGAAAGAAUUUAUCAGAAUUCGAAUCGACUGUGGUGCAGCAGAUCGGAUAACGAUUAUCGUUUUUGCUAGUGCUGCAAAGUACGCUAUGUUUAAUGUUGAAUCAAAAGCAGUUGACAUUGGCAAAAUACAAUUUACAGGUGGUGGUACAGAUUUUACCAAAGCAUUCGACUUAGUAGUUAAAACGAUAGAAACUAUUCCACUUCCAACUUCUACUGCUAAUGCAACUCAAAAUUUAUCUUUCAUCAUUAUAUUCAUGACCGAUGGGCAAGCUAAUUAUCCCGAAAACGAGCUCAACAAACUAUUAACUAUGAGAACAAAAAUUAAUCAGUUCUGGACUGUCACAUUCGGUAAUGCGCAAAUGGAUCUUUUGAAAAAAAUAAAUGACAAAAUGGGUGGCACAUUCAAAGAAUUAAAAACUUUAGAAGAACUCAUCAGUGUCUAUGCUGAAAUCGCUCGAAAUUGA